UUCUCUCUUUGUGUAUAUAUAUAAAAGAGUUGUUGUGAAGGUGCAUUUAAUAAUACAUUCAAUUCUGCAAACCCAGAAUUUAAUACACGACAGGCCCUACCAGUCCCAUUUUCUUUCCAUCUCAUACCACUCUCUCACCUAUUCUUUAACUAUCACUUUAUUAUCAGCAACUCACUCUGAUCACCAUUUAUACCAUCAGCCAAAGCUAACAGACGUUCACAUUCCACAUUCCAAAACCACCAUUUAAGCUCUGUGAUCUUCAUCAACAACAAAAAAGAUGAAGAUCCCUUCACUCUUUAAAACCAAAGAAACAAAGCUUCUUCAUCCAUGGCCAGCAUGGGCUCAUCAUCCCUGCAAGCACCCCAAGACUCAUUCUUUCAGAGCUGAAGAUGACAUUUUCAAGACUGUAAACUCAGUGUAUUUUGAUCCUCUUUAUGGGGUUGAAACGCCUCAAUCUUUGUUCACAAACUCCUCGGAGACUGCAAGCUUGUCAACUGAUCAAUCUGAGGAUUUUUAUGAAGAGUCCUUGGAGACUGUUGUACGUGGAGUGAGAUCAGAAAGACUCUUCUUCGAGCCUGGUCACACAAAUUCAAUACUAGAAGAGGCAAAGCCUGGUGGGUUUCCUUUCAAGGAAAGUGUACUUCUAGCCAUGGAGUCUGAGGAUCCAUAUCUUGAUUUCAGGAAGUCAAUGGAGGAGAUGGUGGAGUCACAUGGACUUAGAGAUUGGGAAUGUUUAGAAGAGUUAUUGCUAUGGUAUUUGAAGGUUAACGGAAAGAAAAAUCAUGGAUUUAUAGUUGGAGCAUUUAUUGAUCUGCUUGUUGGAAUUGCAGCUGCCUCUUACUCUGAUUCUACUGCUUUUUCCUCUGCUGUUUCUUCUUUUUCUUCAUCUGCAUUGUGCCCAUUUGAGAUUGAGGAGGAAGAAAUGUAGUAUUGUGUUAGAUAUAUUGUUUCAUAUAUGUGUAUAUUAGUAAGAAGGUGGCUUUGGUGUAA